AUAAGUGUUCGCCUACACUUCAUCCUAACCAUGGCGGGGCUCGGGGACUGUGAGUUCCUUGUACGGAGGGCGCGGGAGCUCGUCCAGGAGGACACCUGUGCGGCCCGGGCAUGGCUGAUCACCGCCCGCACCCUGUACCCGCAGGACUUCAAUAUCCAGUAUGAGAUGUACACUAUUGAAAGGAAUGCGGAGCGAACCGCCUCAGCUGGAAGGCUGUUGUACGACAUGUUUGUGAACUUUUCGGACCAACCUGUGGUUUGGAGGGAAAUUAGCGUGAUAACUGCUGCUCUUCGGAAUGAUUUACAGGACAAGCAAACACAGUUUUUAAGAGGCCUGUUUGAGGCACUUCCCGGUCGUGUGCAGUGUGAAAUGUUAUUGAAGGCUACCGAGCAGUGUUUUAAUACACUGGAACGGGCGGAGAUGCUGCUCCUUUUGCUGAGACGGUUUCCGGAAACCGUAGUACAACAUGGGGUUAGCUUGGGUGAAACCUUGCUGGAAGCUGAGAGUCUGGAAGACCAGGAAUCCCCUGUAAACUGUUUCAGGAAAUUGUUUGUGUGUGAUGUUCUACCUCUUAUUAUUAACAACCUGGAUGUCCGCUUACCCUCCAGCCUGUUAUACAAAUACCUGAACAAAGCUGCAGAAUUUUAUAUCAAUUAUGUGACGCGAUCGCCACAGACAGAUGCCCAGCAUCAAGGUACACAGGAUACAUCUGAUUUACUGUCGCCUACCAAACGAACCUCCCAGAAAUACAUCAUCGAGGGUCUGACAGAGAAAUCUUCACAGAUACUGGACCCUUGGGAUCGACUUUUUAAAAUCAUAUCUGUGGUUGGCAUGCGAUGUGAAUGGCAGAUGGAUAAGGGAACCAGGACUUUUAAUGACCUUUUUAAUCGCGUCAAGGAACUCUGUCGUUACAUCAGCAAUUUUGACAAUGAAGCUCAUGCAAAAUAUAAGAAUCAGGUUGUGUACUCCACUAUGCUGAUAUUUUUCAAAAGCGUCUUCCAGUACAUCAGUGCUAUUCAGCCUUCCCUCUUCCAAGGACCAAACCCUGCCAGCCAAGUUCCCAUUGUCCUCCUGGAGGACACCUCAAACGUUUUCAGUGAAGUUGAGAUUAAUUCUGGAAAGCACUUGCACAAAAGGAGGAAACUUGCAGACAGCAGGGAGAAAACUAUGAGUUCAGAUGAUGAAGACCUCUCAGGAAAAGGUCGAAGUCGUCAUGUGAUUGUUAACAAGAAUGAUCUUGCUAACCCUAACGAAGUCUUAGAGAGCUUUAAAACUGCAAGAGAAUGCUGGGAUCUUCUUCAUUCUUCAGAAGCUCUUGACAAAGAGUUCUCCAGAAUUUGUCUACCGUGGAAGACAGACACUUGGUUGUGGUUAAGGAUAUUCCUAACAGAUAUGGUCAUUUAUCAGGGGCAACACAAGAAAGCAAUUAACAGCCUUCAUCUCAUGGCAGCCUUGCAUGGGCCUCAUUCACCAACACAGCAAAUGAUGACUCAAGGAAACUUGGAGCAGCAAAGGUCACUUAUCCAACUUGCAGCCUGCCACUUUGCCCUCGGGGAGUAUAAGCUAACAUGUGAGAAGGUCCUGGAGCUAAUUAAUUUUAUUGUACCCCCACCACAAGAAGUUUCCAAAACGAGGGAGGAGCAGUCCAAAGUUAAACCGAAAUUCAGAAAAGGCUCUGACCUUAAGCUGUUGCCUUGCACUAGUAAAUGCGUAAUGCCUUACUGUCUUCAGCUGUUAUUGGCAAGUAUAAAGCUCAGAGCCUUCUCUGAUAAUAGAGAUGAUAUGGCUCUUGGUCACCUGAUUGUGUUGUUGCAGCAUGACUGGCCGAAAGGAGAGAGCCUGUUCUUAAAAGCUAUAGGAAAGAUUUGCCAGCAAGGAAACUUCCAAUAUGAAAACUUUUUCAACUACAUAACAAACAUUGACAUGCUUGAAGAGUUUGCUUAUUUGCGGACCCAAGAAGGGGGUAAGAUUCAUUUGGAAUUGAUCCCCAAUCAAGGAGUGCUGCUCAAGAGUUCUAGCACUACCCUGGGGUUGCUGCAGCAGGAAUUCAUGCCUGUCCUACAGGCCAGCAUAGCAACCAGUGACAGACAUCAUACAGUGACCCGUGGCAUUACAAAAGGAGUGAAAGAAGACUUCCGGCUGGCUAUGGAACGACAGGUCUCCCGUUGCACAGAAAACCUCAUGGUCGUCUUGCAUCACUUUUGUAUUAAUGAAAAGAUUUUGCUAUUGCAAUGCUUAGCAUAACACUGACCAUGCUAAGAUUGCAGCCUUGUAUUGUAAAUAUGGUUAUUGUGUCCAUGUAUUUUCCACGUGUCACUGUAAAUAAAGUGUUUUUUCCUUUAGACAUUGUGCACUACAUAUACCUUGUGGAACUCUUGCUGCAGCCUGGAUAUUCACAUACAG